AUGCUGAUCAGCCGCACUGCUAAUCGCUACAGUGUUUCUUGGCUUCAAUCAGAGGACAAAAUCUUCAGUGGUGUUCUCUUGAAAGCGGAUUUUGAGUUCAGAAUGGCACAGAAAUUUGCUUCCUCCCAACGCUGGGGACGUUCAAUUUGUUUGCAAAAGAAAACUGGACAUCCAUCUUCUCCUCAACGCGUCUCUUUGAAAUUUCCUGGAUAUUCAUUGACUCCAAUCAUUUCUCGCUCAAAUCCAAGCAAAUGUUCCAAGGCGACUCCACAAAUUCCGCAACAGAUCUCCCCUUUUCAAGAGACACAAAGCGAAAUUCCACGAACAACACAUACUACUCGCGUACGUCCCCAUCAUUAG